AAAGUCAUUUAGGGCUCAGGUUCUUUAGAGUUGAAGCAUUGCUUGGGGCCAGGGCAGUCUUCUGCUAGCAGAACUACACUGAAAGGCAAUGAGCUGGAGUUUGCUGCUGGCACUGUGUGCACUGCUCCUGCUUCUUUUGAAGCUGCUGUGCUUCCUGUGUGUUGAUGGUGACCUGACUCUGAUGUGGUCAGAGUGGCUGGGGCGACGACCAGAACAGGAGCUGACGGGACUGGUGGUGUGGGUGACUGGAGCAUCCAGUGGGAUUGGCGAGGAGCUGGCUUACCAGCUGUCCAAACUGGGAGUUUCUCUUGUGUUGUCAGCCAGAAGAGUGCAUGAGCUGGAAAGGGUGAAAAGAAAAUGCCUAGGCAAUGGCAAUUUAAAAGAAAAAGAUAUAUUCAUUUUGCCCUUUGACCUGGCUAACAGAAGUUCCCAUGAGGUGGCAACUAAAGCUGUUCUCCAGGAGUUUGGUAGGAUUGAUGUUCUGGUCAACAAUGCUGGAAAAACACACUCUUCUUUGAUUGUGGAUACCAAGAUGGAUUUCUUCAAGGAGCUAAUGGAGCUUAACUACUUAGGAACAGUGUCCUUGACAAAAUGUGUUCUACCUCACAUGAUUGAGAGGAAACAAGGAAAGAUAGUUAUUGUGAAUAGCCUUGUGAGCUCUGUACCUAUACCAAUAGCCAGUGGAUAUUGUGCCAGCAAGCAUGCUCUUCAGGGUUUCAUACAUAGCCUCCAAAUUGAACUUAUCAAACAUCCAGGCAUAAUAGCUUCUAACAUUUGUCCAGGACUUGUCCAUUCAAAUAUUAGAAAGAAUAUGCUAACUGAAGAAGUCACAAAGACUGUCGGCCAUAAUACGACUCAGGUGCACAAAAUGGCUACUAGUCGUUGUGUACGGCUGAUAUUAGUUGCCAUGGCUAACAAUUUGAAAGAAGUUUGGAUUGGAGAACAACCUUACUUGUUGGUGGCAUAUUUGUGGCAAUAUGUGCCAACGUUGGCCUGGUGGAUAAUCCACAAGUUCUGGGAGAAAAGGAUUGAUCUCUUUAAGAGUGGUGUGGAUGUCUCGAAGACAAAAUAUAAAUGAAAAGAGUGCUUGCAGUUUGAAGGACAGAAGAAAGCAAAGUGGAAAACAUAUAAACAGCAUUUUAUGCUAAGAACAAAAAUUGAAGGCUAAAUGUUGAUUUUACUUUUGAUGCAACUUUUCUUUCAUCAUACAAUGAAUAAAAAAUAAAAGACUUCCAUGAAUCUUACAAAAUAGUACUAACACAUAAUACGUUCUUGAAUAAAAGAACAUCUAAAAAUACUUACGCAUAUAUGCUUAAAAUCUGGGUUAUCAGAAAUCUAACCAAAGAAUUAUAGUAAUCCAUUUAACAGAUAUCUUAGUCCAUUUGUGCUUCUGUAAUAACAUACAUAAUUUAUAAACAAUAAAACUUAUUUCUGAUA